CCCGCCGUCCAUCCCGCCAUGGCGUCCGCCGGCGGCCCGGACGCGGAGCGGCCGCACCCCAAGCCCUUCCUCAUCGGCGUCAGCGGCGGCACCGCCAGCGGCAAGUCCACAGUGUGCGAGAAGAUAAUGGAGCUGCUGGGGCAGAACGAGGUGGAGCAGCGGCAGCGCAAGGUGCUGAUCCUCAGCCAGGACAGCUUCUACAAGGUGCUGACGGCCGAGCAGCAGGCCAAGGCCCUCAAGGGACAGUACAACUUCGACCACCCGGAUGCCUUCGAUAACGAGUUGAUGCAUUCAACCCUGAAGAACAUUGUUGAGGGCAAAACGGUUGAGGUACCAACGUACGACUUCGUGACACAUUCUCGGCUGGCAGAGACCACGGUGGUGUAUCCUGCUGAUGUUGUUCUCUUUGAGGGGAUCCUGGUGUUCUACAGCCAGGACAUUCGGGACAUGUUCCACCUGCGGCUCUUUGUGGACACGGACUCUGACGUCCGGCUGUCCCGCAGAGUUCUGCGAGAUAUGAAGCGUGGGAGGGACCUGGAGCAGAUCCUCACCCAGUACACCACGUUUGUCAAGCCUGCCUUUGAGGAGUUCUGCUUACCGACAAAGAAGUAUGCAGAUGUGAUCAUCCCCAGAGGCGUUGACAACAUGGUUGCCAUAAACCUGAUCGUGCAGCACAUUCAGGACAUCCUGAACGGGGACAUCUGCAAGUGGCAGCGGGGGGCGCUGAACGGGCACGGCCGGACGUACAAGCGACCGUUCCCGGAGCAGGCCGAGAGCGCCGCCGUGCUGGCGGCCGGCAAGCGCUCCCACCUCGAGUCCAGCAGCCGCCCGCACUAGCCCGGCACGGCCCCGGGCUUUGCCUCUGCUCCACACCAACACUGAAGACAACUUUGGCAAAGGACUUCCACGGAAUGGUUGGUGAAGUGCCCCUUAAGUCGUCCUAGCAGCGGAGGGGAUCCUAGUGGGAAUCUUCUCGCAGAGGGGAGAGGAAGGGGUUGGCCUUCCAUCCUGCUUCCCUCAAACCCCUCCCUGUUCUCUCUGAGAUGUCUGGAGUUGUUACUUGGUGAACUGGUUAAAGGCAGUGUUACUUGCCUUUUUUUUAAUUUUCACAAUGAGAUCUAAUGCUGAAGAUUCCCCUGAGAAUUAAGCACUAUCAGGUGACUAGCAAGAUACCCCAUUUCCCUGAUGAUGGUCGUCUGUAGCAGGAAAAUCAGCUGCCUCUUGGGUGUUUUUCUCUCUGUCCAAGACUAGUUCACAUGCUGUUAAUUUUAACAGGCUCUGACUCUUCUCCACCUUGUUGGCACCUUGAGUUGUGGCCAUGCUCUGCUGCUGGCCAGCAC